GAGGAAUCUUUGAGUACGCAGAUGGCCCCAAUACCCAGGUUAUGAGUGCUGAGGAGCAAGCCUUCAGAUUUUCUGCCAAUAUUAUUAAUAGGAACAGAACUUUGUUGCCUAACACAACACUAACCUACGACAUUCAGAGGAUACACUUCCACGACAGCUUUGAAGCAACUAAGAAAGCCUGUGACCAGCUCGCUCUGGGGGUUGUAGCAAUAUUCGGCCCUUCCCAAGGCUCCUGUACCAACGCCGUCCAGUCUAUCUGCAAUGCCCUGGAAGUCCCCCACAUACAGCUUCGAUGGAAGCAUCACCCUUUGGAUAACAAGGACACUUUCUAUGUCAACCUGUAUCCUGACUAUGCUUCUCUGAGCCACGCCAUUCUGGACCUGGUGCAGUAUUUGAAAUGGAGGUCGGCCACUGUGGUUUACGAUGACAGUACAGGCCUCAUACGGCUGCAAGAGCUCAUCAUGGCCCCAUCAAGGUACAAUAUCCGGCUGAAAAUCCGCCAGCUCCCGCUGGACACCGACGAUGCCCGGCCGCUGCUGAAGGAGAUGAAGCGGGGCAGGGAAUUCCGCAUCAUCUUCGACUGCAGCCACCUGAUGGCAGCUCAGAUCCUCAAGCAGGAUCUUUAUGCAUUAGACCUAGAACCAUAUCGCUACUCUGGAGUGAACCUGACCGGCUUCCGGAUCCUCAACGUGGAGAACCCGCACGUGUCCUCCAUCAUCGAGAAGUGGUCCAUGGAGCGGCUGCAGUCAGCGCCCAAGGCGGAGCUGGGACUGCUCGACGGCGUCAUGAUGGUAUGA